UUCCUUUUUCUUUUUCUUUUUUAGAUAUUUUCUUUCUUUAUUUCUCCAUUAUCAAAUUCUUCCGAUCUUGAUUCUUUAUUUCUUUCAAGAACAAGAAACUCGUUUUAAUUCUCUUUGUAUUAGAUCUUUCUCACUUCUUUGUGGCGUUCGUAGUCUCUGGGGACUGCUUCUGUUUCCGUGUUUGAUGAAUUCUUUCCUGUGGGUAGGGGAAAGGUCUUAAUGUCAAAGGAUUCUCCAUCAUUCUCUUCAUCCAGAAGCUCACGAAGGUCAUUCCUUGAAGAAUCAUAGCUAGAUAUUCACGUUAUUUCUGGACUAAUGGCAAUGUCUGAUGAACUGGAAAACUCUGGCAAAUUGGUUGUGAGGCCUGAGCAGCACGGAUUGAUGGAAGACUCUCGUGGUGCAAGGGUAGAUUCAAACAAGCUAGACGAAGCAGCGUCUAAGAAGUCUGAUGUUCAGGAAGAGGAAGUUACUACUGGAGGGUUCCGAGAAAGCAAUGGGGACCGAGAGAGCAUGAGAGCCCCAGAUACAACAGAAUCAGGCACAGCUAGAGGUGAAAAUGCUGAUCCAUUUGAAAGUAUUGAGGCACAUGAUCAUCACCAGUUUGAGGAAAAAGAAUUCAAGGCUAAGAUUACAUGUGGCAACAGACUUAUAGGGUACAGGAAAUAUAAAGUGUUAUCUUUUGACAUGAAUUCCAUAAAAAGAAAUGAGGUUACCAGUGGAGGUACUGAAUGUGUAGGUUUAGAUUGGCUGGAUGGUUUAGACGGUGCUCCCAACGGAUAUUUUCCACAAAAUGGGAACUCUUCUCAGCUGAACAAAACAAGACCUCUGAAACCCAACCGGUGCUUCCAACCCAAGGGCCUGGAAUUGUAUCAUGCGAUAAUGGGGGCUUUGUGA